AUGCCCGAAGUCACAAAAGAAGUCGGCAUCGCCUUUGCCCUCACGUGGGCCGCGGCCUUUGCCACCUGCAUCGGCGGCCUCGUCAUCUUUAGCGCGUCCAUGGUCAAGAUGGCCAACGCCAAGAACCUCUCGAUCGCGCUCGCGCUUGCCGGUGGCGUCAUGGUCUUCAUCUCGCUCGUCGAGAUCUUCAACGAGUCGGUCGAGCAGUUCAAGGCUGGCAACGCCGACGAGGCUGGCGAGUGCGACUCGACGUGCGAAGGCAACGC